AUGGGAACCUCAGGGCAGGCAUUCUUUGCAGGGAUUCUCAAGAACAUCAAGAACCUGGACGAGUUGCGGCGUGUUCACGAUCGAAUCCAGAGCCGCCAAUGCCUCAAUCGCUUUCUCGCAAAUCUCCUGGUGCAAAUGUAUGGCAAGUGUGGGAGCCCAAGCGAGGCAAGGCAGGUGUUCGAUGCCAUCAAUCCGAAGAACGAUUUCUCGUGGAGUAUCAUGCUCGGUGCCUACACAAGCAACGGCGACAUGGACAAGGCCAAGGAGGUUUACGACACAAUGCCGGAUCGCAGCGUGGUGGCCUCAAACGCGAUGAUAACAGCAUAUGCCCAAGGUGGGCAAAGUUACAAGGCAGAGCAGCUCUUUAGGGGCCUGGAAAAGCGAGACAACGUGUCGUGGAACGCACUAAUACGAGGUUUCACACAGAAUGAUGAAAUCUUUCAUGCAAAUUUAGUGUACUAUAGAAUGCCAAGGUGGUGUGCAGUGUCGUCGACGAUCAUUGUUACUGCAUUUGCCGGAAAAGGGCAUUUGCAGGCGGCAAAAGCUAUUUUUGACAGUAUGCCUGAGAAGAAUGUUGUUUCAUGGACGGCUAUGUUGACUGGCUAUGCACAAAACGGCAAGAUGGGCGAUGCUUGGAAUUGUCUGGUUGAAAUGCCUUCAAGGGAUUCUGCAUGCACGGACGCGGAAGCCCACGACGAAGUGAGAAUCUUGUUCGAAUCCAUCCCGGAAAAGAGCGUUGUGUCGUGGACGACGCUGCUGGCGGUGUAUGCAAAUGCAGGAGACUACGAUCGAGCCAAAGCCACCUUCGACUCCAUUCCCGACAAGAACAUCUGCUCGUGGAACGCGAUGAUUCAGGCGUGUGCCGUGAGUGGAAAACUCUCGCAAGCAAAGGCACUGUUUGAUAGAGUUUCCGAGCCCAAGAGUGUCGUGACAUGGACGACGCUGGUGGGAGCCUACGCUCUGGCGGGACGGGUCUUGGAUUCCAAGCUCGCGUUCGAUCGGAUGCCCGAGUGGAGCACAGUCUCCUGGAACACCCUCCUCGCUGGCUACGCUCGAAACGGAGCCACGAGCGACGCCAAGCUCACGUUCGAGCAAAUGCCCGAGAGGAAUCUCGUGUCGUGGAACGCGAUGGUGGGAGCGCUCGCCCACAGCAGCGAAUUCAGCGACGUGGCCGGCCAUCUCUUCCGGGAGAUGAUGCAGACCGGGGUGAGACCCAACGCGGUCUCCUUCGCGGCCAUUCUCGUGGCGUGCACCCACAAGGGAAGCGUGGACGACGCCCGCCACCAUUUCCUGGCGAUGCAAUCGGAACACGAGGUGGAGCCGCUGAGGGAGCACUUUUGCUGCUUGGUCGAUCUGCUGGGACGGGCCGGAAAGCUCGACGACGCCAUGGAUCUCAUCCAAACCAUGCCAUUCCUUCCAAACGACGUGGAGUGGGCUUCGCUGCUCGCGGCAUGCAAACGUUACAGCAACCGAGACCUUGCGGAACAAGCAGCAAAAGAGCUACUGGCGCUCAAGCCCCAAGAUCCUCCGUCGUAUGUCUCAGUCGCGGCUGGAGUCGUUUGA